UUCUUACGACUUUGUGUGAUGUUUAUGCCAUGCUGUCAUGCGGCGAGGAUGCUGCGAAUGCACGCGCUGGUGUUGACAAGCGUGUGUGACAUUAGUGAAUAUGCAAAAGUAUGAGAAAUUAGAAAAAAUCGGUGAAGGCACUUACGGAACAGUAUUUAAGGCCAAAAAUCGCGAAACGCACGAAAUUGUUGCCUUGAAAAGAGUGCGUUUGGAUGAUGAUGAUGAGGGUGUGCCAUCGUCCGCCCUUCGAGAAAUUUGUUUAUUGAAAGAGUUAAAACAUAAAAAUAUUGUUCGCCUAUAUGAUGUUCUGCACAGUGACAAAAAACUUACCUUGGUUUUUGAACAUUGUGACCAAGAUCUGAAGAAGUAUUUUGACAGCUUAAAUGGAGAAAUUGAUCCUGAUAUAGUAAAGUCUUUUAUGUACCAAUUACUUAGAGGUCUAGCUUUUUGUCAUAGUCAUAAUGUACUUCAUCGUGAUCUCAAACCUCAAAACCUUCUCAUAAAUAAGAAUGGAGAGUUAAAAUUAGCAGAUUUUGGAUUAGCUAGAGCAUUUGGGAUUCCUGUGAAGUGCUACUCAGCUGAAGUAGUUACUUUAUGGUAUCGUCCACCUGAUGUUUUGUUUGGUGCAAAGUUGUACACUACUUCAAUAGACAUGUGGUCAGCAGGUUGUAUAUUUGCUGAAUUAGCAAAUGCUGGAAGACCUUUAUUUCCAGGGUCAGAUGUAGAUGACCAACUUAAAAGAAUUUUUAAACUUUUGGGGACACCUACUGAAGAAACAUGGUCUGGUAUAAGUCAACUUCCAGAUUACAAGGCCUUCCCAGUGUACCAUCCUAGUAUGUCAUUUACCCAAGUUGUGCCUAAACUUAACUCCAAAGGCAGAGACCUAUUACAACGGCUCUUAGUGUGCAAUCCUGCUUUGAGAAUGCCUGCGGAAGAUGCCAUGACUCAUCCAUAUUUCAGUGACCUCAGCUCUGCAAUUAAGAAUGACCGUUGUCAAUGAACUGAUUUUUGUAAAAGAUUUGGAAAUAUUAUUUGGUGAAUAGGUUUACUCUUCUCAGUUGUGUGAACUGUGGUUUAUGAUACAUUUCAAGUAUACUUAUGUACUUAAUUUUUCUUGGUAAAACUGUAAUUUGAAUCGUGUGAACUGUGAAAUCCCUUCAUUUGUAUAAUAUAAAGAAGUAGAGGGGUCGUGAGUUACAUGAUAGAUCUGGAAGGAAAAACCGCGUAUGUUGUAAUGAAUGGUAUCUUUAGCCCACAAGUAAAGAUAAUUCUGAUCUGUCUUUAACUGUGUAGUUUAUCAAAAGGAAUGAAUGUUCAUAUUUUAUUUUGUUGUGUAUGUGAAUGGAACAAUGUGAAAUUUGGGUGGGAUUCAUAUUUGUAUAUUGUAAUUAAUUGUUUAAGAGGAUCCUGAGUUGGAUAGCAUUGAAACAUAGUAGAAGUUCAGAGCUUCAGUACAAGGUUAUAUUUAUGAAAACUAUUUAAAUUUUUUUCCCUUUUGGUAUUUUUUUAAAUUGUUCUCUAAAGAAAGGUAUUUUGUAAUGUUUGUAUUAUUUCUAGAAGUUGAACUGUUUUAUUAUCAUGUUCAAAGAACAAAUUGUAUGAAAAAAUAAUGAGUCCUGUAGUUAUAUGUACAUACGCAUAAGUUUUAAUUUUGUUAUUGAAUUUUAUUUUAAUUAUACCCAAAGGUGAAUUUGUUUGAAUGUUGGAAAAACCAUUGUUCUAUUUUGUAUAUAGAAUACUUUAUUAUGAUUUUUGUUUUAAUUUAUUUUAGUUUUGGCCUAAGGGAUGGAUCUUUUUAUGUUAAAAAUGAGUCCUUUUCUAUAAUAUGGUUGUUUUCUAUUAAUUUUUAUUUGCCAGGUAUAUUUGAGUUGUAUGGCUAUUGGGGGUCAAGCCUCUUAAUUAAAUUAUUAUUAAUAAUUUUUGUUUGUUUAUUUAUUUAUUUAUGCUUGAACAAGUAAAAGUUACUCAUUAUUUGAAGUUAAUUGCUAAGGGCACUGUAUUAGGAGAUGCCAAAAAGAGAAGGCUCUGUCUGGAAUUCUUGUGUGGGACCGGACUGCAAGUGGUUAAUGGUUAAUGAGCGUGUUGGGAGACACAACCUAAUUAAAUAUUAGGAAAAGCAUUCCAAAGAGUCCCACACAGUUUUAUAAAGAAAAUAUUUUUUGUACUGAUGAGAUGCCUGUGGGCAGUAAGUGUUCUAUCUUUAAUUCAUCAUCAUGAGGUAUUCUGCCUAUGGACAGGUUUCCACUUUGUCUUCCUCCAUUAUGCCAUGUCUUCUGCCUUCCCUUUCAUUCUUUCAUAGCAAUCUUUUCUGCAUAACUGUCCAGCAUUUUGAAACUUUCAUCCUCUCCCUCUUUCCCACAAAUAACCUUCAGUUACGUCUAUUAAGUCAGGUGCGGUCCAUGCCUAUAAGCUCACGGGCGUCGCCCCCUCCUGUUUUUUGUAAACUUCCUAUGUGGUUAUUUAAACCUUAAUAAACUACUUUGUUGAUGAGUGCUCCAAUGUUGGCAAAUUUAAUGAUAUUUUUGCUUCUGCAAUACGCAUUCCUGCGUUUUUCAUCCAGUGGCGCCGCCGACCAGUGUACCUAGGUUCGGCCAAAAGAUAGGUGGCUCAG